AUGGAGAAUCAUUUCUUUUCAGGGCGGCAGAGACAAACUUUUGCGUCGGGGUUUGCUGCGUCAGGCACCCGCCGAUCUGCGUACCUUGACGCACCGUUAGAGUAUCAUGUGUCCACACGCUCCCCGGUUGCCAUCACAACGCCGCAGCGAAGGCGUAUGAAGGAAUGUUUUAGUGCUUACGGCUACACCGACCCCGUCGACAUGAAGGAACGGAUCCCAUCGAGUGAUGACUUGCAACUGGCACAACAUCAAACUCGUCUGCCGCGAUUGCCCAUUCCAACAAUUGAGGAAACGUGCAGUCGGUUUCUUAAAUCCAUUGAGGCCAUCGCCUCCGCUGAUGAGUACUUUGUUGCCAUGAAACUUAUUGACGAAUUUAAGGCGGCAGGGGGCGUUGGGGAGAAGCUUGACGCCCUCCUUCGUGAGUGGGACAAACGAUGUGGGCAGCUAAGUUGGCUGGAAGAGUUUUGGGAUGACGCCUACCUCUGCCCACGCAACCCUAUUCCCAUCAAUGUAAACUAUUUCUUCGGCUUUAGUGCUCAUCCGAAUAAGCAGGCCAUGACACAGACGGGGCGUGCCGCAAGUCUACUUUACGGCGCGGUCUCAUACCACAUGGAUAUUCGUCACGACAAGUUAUUAUGUGAGUUUGAGCGCGGCAAACCUGUUUGCAUGUACCAGAACCGGUUUCUUUGCUGCACCUCACGGGUACCCGGGAAACAGCGUGAUCGUAUCGUAUGCUACUGUGAAAUUCCUGCAUUAUCAAGGGAUGCGUUAGAGUCUAAAAGCGUAGAGUACGUUUCCUCUCCAGAACCGCCGCGACAUUGCAUUGUUAUUCAACGCAACCGAUUUUUCUCCUUAAAAGUUCUUAAGGACGAAGACACGGUUGUAGAUGUGGAGGAGCUGUUGGUGGCGCUUAAACUCAUUGAGGAGAAUGUGAGAAGCGUCGAAGAACCAGGUCCACCUGUUGGGUUGCUUACCACAAUGAAUCGCUCAGACUGGUUUGAGACACGAGAACACCUUAAGCAGCUUGGGAACCACGACACGCUGCAUGCGAUUCAGUCAGCCAUCAUUUGUAUAGCGCUUGAUAGUGUGCAGGUGAUGACCUCUGAUGAGGCCGCCCGGAUCUUUCUUCAUGGCAGCGGCACCAACCGCUGGUUUGAUCGACACAACAUUAUUGUAACACGUGACAGUUGGGCUGGUGUGAAUUGGGAGCAUUCCGUAACGGACGCCACGGCAGCGUUGCGUCUAGCAGACCGCAUGUAUCAGGCGGACUGCGAACAUGCCUUCACGAAGGAGCUCAUUGCAGAACUUGUGAUGGACGCGUCUCGACGCUUGCGUGCUGCUGCCCUGUUCACGGAGCUGGAGUGGGUGUUGGACAGUACCGUUAACGACACCAUGAAGCGGGCAUUCAGUGACUACAAAGAGAUGAUUGAGGCGAAUGAGACGGCAGUGUUGAGGUUUUGCCACUUUGGGGGGGCUCGCAUAAAAGACGUGAAUACCCCCCCUGACUCUUUUGUUCAGCUCUCGUUUCAACUGACGUAUUACCGUCUGUUGGGGCGGGCGUGCGCCACGUAUGAGACGGCAAGUACGCGAACAUUUCUGCACGGCCGAACAGAAUGUGUGAGGAGUGCCACACGAGCCUCAUUGGAUUUCUGCCGCAUUAGCAGUGACCCCAUUUUUGCGGAGUCCAUCGGAUCGCUUCUACCCACUCAGCGGGUACUGAUGCGGGAGGCCAUGAAGCAGCACACUAAGAAUAUGUUGCUUGCCAAAAACGCUUACGGAAUUGACCGCCACCUUCUUGGCCUGCGUCUACAGGCUGUGAAACACGGCAUUCCCCUUCCUGACAUUUUUGAAAACCCCGUUUUCAAGCGCAGUGCUCACUGGAACAUGUCCACCUCCCACUGCGGGAGCAGCAGCCUAAGCCUGUUUGGUUUUGGACCUGUUGUGGGCGACGGCUUUGGGAUAGGGUACAUGAUCAAGAACGAUCACAUUGAUAUAUGCAUCACCUCCAAGUAUACACAUCCCUACACGAGUUCUUUGGUGUUUGCGAGGGUUCUGCAGUCUUCUUUGCUUCUCAUGAUGGGUAUUGUUGAAAGUGAUUUGACGCACCAGCGGGCGGGGGCACGCACACUCUUGUUUUCCCACCCUACCGGCUUCAACGACUUUAAGUACGACCCAGCGGAAGGAUUUGUCUAUAAAGUCUCCAAGCGUUAA